UAGUCACCCAAAAACAAUCAUCUAUCUAGAGAAAUAAAAGAAGUUAAUUAGUUCCGACGCUAGACGUAAGAAAUAUGGGUAGCCACGGAUGCGUUGAUUGGCAGUUCAGUGGCAGUGAUGCAGCCGAAAAGGCCGCCGCGGCAUCCCUAGGCACUUACUCUUCUGAAAUCUUCGGUCUGUGUGACCCUCAAGGAAAGCCUAUUUUGCCCCCACUAAGCGAGGAGGCAGAGACCAGCCACACUGCCGAAAAGGCGGUUGUUAAAGCUGUCCUUUGCGGUACCGGAAACGCCUACGCUCCUAGUAUUGGCCUCCCGGUUGCCAAACGUGCUGUGGCGGAAUAUUUAAACCGAGAUCUUGAUAAUAAGCUGACGGGAGAUGAUGUUUAUAUGACUGUUGGAUGCAAACAAGCGAUCGAGCUCGCGGUCAAAAUCCUGGCUAAACCGAAAGCCAAUAUCUUGCUUCCGAGGCCUGGCUUCCCAUGGGACAUGGUCCACUCUAUCUACAAAAACCUUGAGGUCCGAAGGUAUGAAUUUAUCCCCGAAAGAGACUUUGAGAUCGAUUUCGAUAGCGUCAAAAAGAUGGCUGACGAGAACACAUGUGCGAUAUUUAUAAUCAACCCUCACAAUCCCAAUGGGAACUACUACACUGAGGCUCAUCUUAAGCAGCUCGCUACAUUGGCUCGGGAACUCGGGAUAAUGGUGGUUUCGGAUGAAGUAUAUAGAUGGACCGUGUUCGGGAGUAAUCCAUUUGUUCCAAUGGGGAAAUUCUCCUCGAUAGUACCCGUGAUUACACUCGGGUCCAUCUCAAAAGGAUGGAUUGUCCCAGGAUGGCGAACGGGCUGGCUCGCACUACACGAUCUAAAUGGUGUCUUUAGAUCCACCAAGGUCUUAAAAGCUGCUAGAGAAUAUCUGGAGAUUACUUCUAAGCCACCAACUGUUAUCCAGGCGGCUAUUCCCACCAUCUUGGAGAAGACUCCUCAAGAGUUCUUCGAUAAGAGGCAGAGUUUUCUGAAAGAUAAAGUGGAAAUUGGAUAUUCUAAGCUCAAGCACAUACCAACCCUCACCUGCUACAUGAAACCUGAAGCAUGCACCUUCUUAUGGACCAAGCUGGACCCAUUGCAUUUUGUAGACAUUGAAGACGAUCAUGAUUUCUGCAGGAAGCUUGCUAAGGAAGAAAACCUCGUUGUUUUACCAGGGAUUGCAUUUGGUCAGAAGAAUUGGUUGAGGCAUUCUAUCGACAUGGAGACUCCAAUAUUGGAGGAUGCAUUUGAAAGAUUGAAGAGCUUCUGUGAACGCCAUUCCGUUAUAGUUGAAGCUUCACUCAAAGAUGUCAAUGGCGUCAACUAAAGGGUCGAUAUGGAUCUUUGCCGCCUAAGUCUUCUACUGUUCUACAUAUGCUAUAAUAAUAAAUGGGUGUUUUAUUGAUUUGAGAUCAAUCAUGAACACUUUCGUAUCUGUAACAAAUAAAAUUGGUGUACUUAU